AUGAACGAUCCAAAUCCAGCACCAGCACAAACUCCAGCUCAACUCGAAACCGGCAACCAUGAGAAAACAGGAGAGCCAUCUCGGACUGAGGGCUAUGACAGGCUAGGCAUGGCCAUGGGACACCUCCCCGAGAUGGCUAUUCUAAGACGUUUCCGGGCGCUGUCUGCUGAAGAUCUUCUUUAUCAACAAGCUGAGCUCCAAGGGUUGGAAGAAAGACUCAGUCGGUAUCAAGCAAAAGACAAACAGUCGGAUCAUGAAGACCGUAAAACCUAUGCUUUGGAUUGGGAUACUCUUCAACGCUCUGGUGCCGAUGAUGCCGCCAACGGAGAUGUUAGUGCUCAAUGGGACACUAUCUUGAAGAUUCGACCGGGAUUGAAGGAAUACCACGAAGCUCUCAUCCGUCAUCGCCAGGUACUUGAUCUGGGACCUGCAAUUCCCCGCCAGGUCAAAGCACUUCAAAGGCUGUAA